AUGGCCUCAGCAGCUCCCCUAGGGAAAGUGUUAGAAGAAGCCACUUGCUCCAUCUGCCUGGAGUAUCUGACACAGCCGGUGACCAUAGACUGUGGGCACAACUUCUGCCGAGCCUGCAUCACCCUGUACAGUGAGCAAAGUGAGCCUGAAUCAGGCACAAAGGUCCCCUGUCCCCAGUGCCGAGCUCCCUUCCAGAAAGGGAAACUCCGGCCCAACACGCAGCUGGCUGAUAUUGUAGAGAACAUCAAAAAACUGAGGUUACAGCCAGGGAAAGAGCAGAAGAAAAGUCUGUGUGAGAGACACCAGGAGAAGCUCCAACUCUUCUGUGAGGAGGACAGAGAAGCCAUCUAUUUGGUUUGCAGAGAGUCCCGGGCUCACCGAGCUCAUGCUGUGCUCCCCAUACAGGAGGCUGCUCUGGAUUACAAGGUGAAACUCCGGAGAGCCCUGGGUCCUCUGAGGAAGCAGUUAGAGGAGUGCCUGGCAUUGGUGUCCAAAGAGGAGAAGAAAACCACAGAGUGGCAGGACAAUGUGGAGAAUCAGAGAAGGUCGAUCACACGUGAAUUUAAGAAACUGCACCAGUUUCUGAGUGAGGAGGAGCAGCUGCUUCUGCGGAGACUGGCAGCGGAGGAGAGGGAGAUUCUGCAGAGACUGCAGGACAAUAUAACAAAACUCUCAGAGCAAAGUGCUGCUCUGAUCAAUCUCAUCACGGAGAUGGAGGAGAAGUGUCAGCAACCAGCCGUGGAGCUGCUGAAGGAUAUGAAAAGCGCAUUGAUCAGGAGUGAGAAUGUGACACUCCAGCAACCAGGAGUUGUGUCUCCUACCCUGAAGAAUAUGUAUAAAGUCUGCCUUGACAUGAGGGAAGUGCUGGAGAGAUUCACUGUGGAUGUGAUUCUGGAUCCAGACACAGCUCAUCCCAACCUUGUCCUGUCUGAGGAUCGGAAACGUGUGAGACACGGAGACACACGACAGGAUCUACCAGACAAUCCUGAGAGAUUUGAUUGUUGUCACUGUGUUCUGGGUGCUGAGGGGUUCACGGGUGGGAGGCGUUACUGGGAGGUGGAAGUGGGAGACAUGACUGAUUGGAUGCUGGGGGUUUGUAGAGAAUCUGUGAGCAGGAAGGGGUGGGUCAUACUCACAACUGAGAAUGGAUACUGGGCCAUGUGGCUGUGGGUUGGGGAAUACAAGGUCCUCACCUCCCCCCGAACUUCCCUCCCUAUGAGUGUCAGGCCCAGACGAGUGGGGAUUUUCCUCGACUAUGAGGCGGGUGAGGUCUCAUUUUACAAUGUGACUGACAGGUCCCAUCUCUUCACUUUCACUGGCACCUUCUCUGGGAAGCUGCAUCCUUAUUUCUGUCCUGGUCUCAAUGCUGGGGGUAAAAAUGCGGCUCCCCUGAUAAUCUGCCCAGUCCCAGCUACACCGUAG